AUGAAAGUACUGGUGGAAGUUUAUCGAAAUACAGAGCUUGUGGAAUUAAUGGCUUUUGCGAAGUCUCGAGGAAUGCGCAUUGAUGGAUUUCCCGACAAUCCUGAGUUAGAUUUCUUGAGCAGCAGGCCGAAGGCGAAAAGCUACCAUGAGAAGGAAAAACGUGCCAAAAGUGUAGCUAAAAUCCGCAGACAUAUUGGCCAGCUGAAACAACCACACUAUUACUACUAUUCAAGCACAUCGACAAGUGAGGAAGAAGAAUCUGCAUACGAGCGUAGGAAGAGUGUGGCAAAACAAGCGCAGAGAAAUGUGUCCCAUAGAUGUGCCUCAUCAACCCUGACUUGUAAGACGAAUGGAAAUGCACCUGAGCCAAUAUCUACGGACAACAAUCAAAACGUCAGGAAAAAUGUGGCAGCUUGCACGAAAUGUGGCAUUGUGGUGGCGAAUAAGGGAAUGCCAUCAUUAAUUAGUCACGCUACUACCCAUUCGAAUUUCAAUAGAUUUGAAUGUGGGAUUUGCGGUUUCAGUCACAAAGUCGUUCACAAUGUUCGCUCGCACAUUGACACUGAGCAUAACGGGGAAAGCUUCAUCAAGUUCCGAGAUCUAAUGAAUGAAGUGGAACGUGUGGUAAUGAAGCAGCUUGCACACGAAUGUUUCCCUGCUUACAUAAAUAGCCCAUACUCCUCGCAGAAGGACACUAUUGACACAAGCCCUUCGACUUCGAAUUCAAAGUGCAUCCAACUGUCAGCCGUCCAGCAUACUACAAUGGACAAAGCUAAAGAAGCAGUUGCAUGUUCAAGAAAGCCGGAUGCAUGCUGUCAUUUAUAUAAACUAAUCAAGCAACCAGCAAGUGCCUCACUUUGUAACAUCAGUCAGCCGACCACUGAACCAAGCGAACCACGUGACGUUGACGAUAUGAAGCAGUCAGCCACAUCGUCUAGUGAUGGUUGCUCGCCUAUCAAAAUUGAUCUUGAAUCCGACUCAGACUGCAUCAUUAUUGAUUGAUGACUUCUAUAAUGCUCAAUUUCUGUUUUUUUUUUCACUUCUAGUAAAAUCAGGGGUCUCAUAUCAAAAUUACUAGAUACUUAUAAUCAGAUUUGCCUGUGCUAUUCGGUGCUGUAAACUAUCUCAAUUUCCAGGUCUCUCUCGGCGCUGUAAAGAUCCGGUUACCGGUAGCUGUAGAUCUCUCUUUGUGCAUGUUGUUCAGUUGUCUGGUUAAGUUACGAAUUUCUCAAUGAAGUUCUCGCGUUCUUAUUUGCUUGAGGUUGUACUACAUAGAC